GCUAUGCGCGCACGUGAAAGUGAGAUUGGGCUGUUAGUCAGAUAAACGUUGUGCUUUAGAUUAUAUGAUCUUUUUUCCAAGAUGAUCCCUGCAAGUUUCGGCCAGCUGUUGGCUAAAGGGAUCAAGCUGAGGACCCACCUGCUAUUUGCGCCUUCAUACUUCGCUACAGCACGGCUAUCAAAUCAAAACUCUAAACCGCAUGCAAGAAACAUUCUCCUGAUGGGUCCUCCUGGAGCAGGGAAGACCUGCGUAGGGCGGAUUGUGGGACACAGACUAGGUAUGCCCGUUAUUGAUAUAGAUGACGAUGUUCUCGAAAGGACGUGGGGAAUGAGUGUGGCGGACAAGCUCUCUGAAAUCGGUGGUGAUGGUUUUAUCGAAGAAGAAGGUAAAGCAGUGUGCAGAUUUGCAGCCACAGGAAGUGUCAUCUCUCUGACCGGCUCCAAUCCCCUGCAUUCGGACGCCAUGCGGCACCUGAAGCGCUCUGGACUGGCCGUGUACCUGGAUGUGGACACAGAAGAUAUCAUGCAGAGACUCUCUCGAAUGAAGGUGAACAGGAUUGUGGGUCAGGAUGCUGGUGUUUCUAUGAGAGAGAUAUUACAUUACCGGAAGCAGUUUUAUGAGAAAUGGCUAGAUGCGAGAGUCCUUUGUGGAACGGGAGACUCCGUGGAGGACGUGGCUGAUAAAGUCCUGAGGACUCUGCUCAGAUAUGAGGAUUCAGAAUCAGAGAUGUUUGUUUCAACGAGGAGCCAAAUGUCAAGUGACCCCAAGUUCUUCAGUGAUGUCGUCAUAGAGGGUCUUGCACCAGAUGGAGGGCUUUACGUACCAAAAAAAGGUUUCCCCAAACUGGGACCUUCAGAAUGGUUGAGAAUAUCCAGCAUGCCGUAUGCCACGAGAGCUGUGGCCAUACUGGAAAACUGUAUCCAUCCUUUGGACGUGUCCCCUGUAGAAUUGAGCACAAUGGUGUGUCGUGCUUACGGCCAGAACUUCGCCGAUCAGUCGGUUGCGCCACUAAAGCACCUCACUGAUCAUCAGUAUCUUCUAGAACUCUUUCACGGCCCAACUGCCUCUUUUAAAGACCUGGCACUGCAGUUGAUGCCUCAGCUGUUUGCCCACUGCCUGCCACAGAUGUGCAACUACCUGAUUCUAGUGGCCACAUCUGGAGAUACCGGAAGCGCGGUGCUGAACGGCUUCAGAAAUCUUAAAGACAGUGACCGGGAGAGGAUCGGCGUGCUUGUGUUUUUCCCGGAGAACGGAGUGAGUGAGAUUCAGAAGGUACAGAUGACAGGAUUUCAAGAGGGCAAUGCCAAGUCCAUCAGCGUCCUGUCCGAUUUUGACUUCUGCCAGAGGAGCAUUAAACGAAUGUUUGGGGACUCGAGCUUGAUCGGACAUUUAGCUGUGGAAUAUGCCACGGUUCUCAGCACCGCAAACUCGAUAAACUGGGCCCGACUGCUUCCUCAGGUGGUCUAUCACUGCUCGGCGUACAUGGACCUGCUUAGAAAGGGCACGCUGACUUUUGGAGACCCCAUUGACGUGUGCAUCCCUACCGGAAACUUUGGCAAUGCCAUGUCAGCCCUGUAUGCCAAACAAAUGGGAAUCCCCAUACGGAAGGUGAUCUGUGCAUCCAAUCAUAACUGCAUCAUAUCCGACUUCGUCGCUAGCGGCAAGUAUGAUCUCCGCAACCGGAAACUGCAGGUUUCAAACUCCCCUGCUAUUGAUAUCCUGAAGUCUUCCAACCUUGAGAGGUUCAUCCAUCACGCUUCCGGUGGUGAUGGAAGUCUUGUCAGAGAUCUGUUUUUGAAUCUAGAAAGAGACCGCAUCUUUAAAGUGUCGGAGACUUUACGGCAGAAGAUAAAUCUGGAAGUUCAAGCUGGUUGGUGCUCUGAGGAAGACUGUUUGAGGGCCAUACGGGAGGUGCACGCGACAACAGGCUUCAUAAUGGACACUCACACAGCGGUGGGGAAAGUAGUCGCCGAUCGUAUACAUGACGAAACCUGCCCGCUUGUCAUAUGCUCCACCGCACACCACGGGAAGUUUGCUCCGGCUGUCUUAAAAGCCCUUCAGUGUCAAGAUAUCCCACCGGAUCCUGUUGAGCAGUUGGAUGAACUCUGCAGGAUUGGAGGCCGAGAGCAGAUGCAUGACGCUCUGCUGAAGUGCAUGGGAAACAGCGGAUAUAAUCCACAUAAAGUAUGUCAGGCUGACUAUAACACGCUCACAGAUGAAGUAGAAACUAUGAUACAAGACUCAUUUCUGAGAGUCCAGUGAGACCUGCAAUACCUGGACAUGUCCACUUGAUGGCAAAGUCUGUCAAGAAACCCCAAACAUUAUAAUUCCAUCAAAUCUGAACACAAGGUGACAGUAAUGUAUAAUCAAAUGCUUAGAUAUAGCUCAAAUGCUUUUCAUGUAAGUCCAUAAUCUAGUCUUAAUUGUACUUUAUCAUAACCUCUCAGAUGUUUUAUUAAUUUAGUGUUGAUAACUUUAUUUAAAAAGCCUG